AUGUCAAGUAAAAAAAGAACAAUUUUAAAAGUAAUUAUUCUUGGAGAUAGUGGUGUUGGAAAAACAUCGUUAAUGAAUCAGUAUGUAAAUAAAAAAUUUACGAAUCAGUACAAAGCGACAAUUGGAGCCGAUUUUUUAACAAAAGAAACUAUAGUUGAUAAUGAACAGCUGACAAUGCAAAUCUGGGACACGGCAGGUCAAGAACGUUUCCAAAGUUUAGGCGUGGCUUUUUAUAGAGGAGCAGAUUGCUGUGUUUUAGUUUUUGAUUUAACAAAUUAUAAAACAUAUGAAUCGUUAGAAUCGUGGAAAGAUGAAUUCUUAAUUCAGGCUAGUCCAAAGGACCCUGAAAAUUUUCCAUUCGUUAUAAUAGGAAAUAAAGUUGAUGAAACGAAUAAGAGAAAAGUUCAAUCAUUAAAAGUUUUGCAGUGGUGCAAGUCGAAUAACAACAUUCCAUAUUUUGAGACAAGCGCGAAAAACGCAAUUAAUGUUGAUCAGGCUUUUGAUGAAAUAGCAAGAAAAGCUAUGAAACAAGAACAUCAGGAAGAACAAAUAUAUCUACCCGAGACUUUUACUUUAAACAACCAGAACGAACAGAAAAUAUAUAAAAGUCGUUGUUGUUAA